AUGCGUGCGUCCCACGCCGGGUCAACCGCGUUGCAUGCGUGCGUCCCACGCCGGGUCAACCGCGUUGCAUGCGAGACGCAGACGACAGACGUUGGCGUCCCUUCUGUGUGUUUGUCAAGAGCUUAAUUAUUAUUGAUUCUUACUUCUUCUCUUUGCAAUAAUACUCGCAUUUCUCAACGUUUUUCUCCUGUUCAUUUUGCUUUCACUAUCUUACUUGAAAAAUAUAAAAUUUUUGAAAAGUUGAACUACAUUUUGGAAAUCGCGAAAAUCUCUACGGUUUUGAAGUAAUUAUAUAUUAGAAAUUUCUUCAAUCGAUGUUAUAUCAUAUUUUGAAAAAGCCUCAAAAAUAUGCUAUUUUUGUAAUGAAAAAUAUUUUAAGAAUUUGAAGUAUAUUUAAGGAAAAUUUUUUAGAUAAUCUAUUAUAUAGUUUGCUUUCGAUUUGUUUAAAAGCUUUUUAUCUAUAUUCUGUCCUUGAAUAUUUUCUCGACAUUCUCAAAAGUAUUCGACAUUUCAGAAACUUCCAACUUUUUCUUUAAAAAUGAAGUUUCAAACUUAUGAAUCUCUUUAUUUGAUUUUCCUCUUUUUUGAAUUGUUUCUCAUCAACGUUGCGUGUUAUUUACUAGCGUCAUCCAAAAAUUUAAAUAUGAAUUCAAAUUUUUCAAUUUUUAAUUUUGUUUGUAGGUGCAAAUUUUGAAUAUUUGAAAUUAAAAUGAACGGGAGAAUUGCUCAAUUCUGUUAUUUUUUCUAGAAAGUUGAAAAAGUAAAGAAUUCAUCAGCAACAUCCCUGUUUAAAGUUGAAAGUUGGGAAGCUAGGUGUUUCUUUUUAAGAAUGAAAUCUUUUAGUAAAAUUUUUGAACUUAAAAAGUUUAAAAAUUAUCAUUCUUCGUAUAAUGUUUUAUUGAAUGAUGAAUUUUUCAGUUGAAUGACGACUUUUUCAAACUAUCAAUAAUGCUUCAUAUUCUCCGCGCUGAUUUGUUUUCGUUGCCCGUAGAUGCAAUCGUCAAUGCUGCAAAUAAGAAAGCUGCUUCCAGGUGCUUUUCAUCAUUUUCUGUAUUUAUUUCAAAAUUUGUUUGUAGGAGGCGGUAUCGACGGUUUAAUGUCGCAACAUUGCGGACCACGUUUACAAAGAAAGCAAAAAAUGCUAUUGUCAUUGGUUUACCAAAAGAGAACUGGACUCAAGUCAAGCUGUUUUGACCAAUGCGUUUGAUCACACUCUUGCAAAAUGUAAUUAUUAUUCAUUAGUCAUCAAAGUUUGAAACGAAAAAAUAAUCAUCGAAUUUCAGAUGUUAUUCACACUGCUGCUCCACAGUUGAUAAGUCAUUGGAAACCAAAAAGACUCGACGAACGAGAGCUGCGGUUAUGCUAUUACAAUUGUCUUCUUGUUGCAAAAGAGCAAAAUUGCGAAAGUGUUGCUUUUCCAAUUCUUGGAGCUGGAAUAUAUCAUUGGCCUACUCAAAUAGCAACUGCUGUGGCGAUUCAAAGUAUUUGUGCCUUUUUUGAAAUCAAUCAAACUGUGAGUCGUUAAUUAAUUUUAUUUAUUCACUAAGGAGACUUUUUUAGACGAGUGUGAAAGGCCGUUACUCUUUGUACUUUGUCUGGAUCAGUCUUUUGACGAGUGCUUGAAUAUUACUGCUCAACAGUCGACUAUCGAUUGCAGUACCAGCGAGAAAGCUCACGAAGCUAGAGCAAUUAUUGAAAAAAAUGCGAGCAACGUGGUGAUGCCUUUGAGCCCAGAUGUGAAAGUCAAAUAUUUCGUGAAGAAAUGGUCUACACAUGCGGAAAUAGUGAAGGCUUCGAGAAUGUAAAUUUUGUUUUCAUGAUUAAGUUUGUGGUUUAAAAAACUUUCAGGGACGCUUUGACAAACAAUGAGUGUGAUAGAGCAGUCAGUCCAGUCCAAUCCAUCAAAUCAAGCAAUUUUUGGGAAAAGGUUUUUGAUUUCAUUGCAAACAAUUGAAAAAAUUUUUUUCAGAUGAGCUCUUGCUUCAAGAAGCCUAGAAAAGCUCCAACGAAUGGUCCUAGUCCCAAAAUGAAGAGGCGUCCGUUGAAAUCCCCAGAAGAAAGACGUCGUUAUUGGAACGCGUACGAAGAACGUCGAAAGUCUCUGCAUACGAAAAGAAAAAAAACUGCGGAAGACAUGGAACGCGAAGAACGGCAAAAGAAUGAAAACGAACGGAUUGAAUCACUUUUGGGAAGUGAGAAUGUGCGACGAGCGAUGUUGAAAUCUGUUUCGCGUCCGGAAGCUGAGAAAAAAGCCAAUACGCUGAUAGUGAUGAAAAAUGUGCCAGAAAUGGUAGCGGCUUUACGAGAACCCUACUUUGGUUAUAUCACCAAAUUUUUGGGAGAAGAAAGUAUCUCAACGUUGGAAGUAGAUCUUUUCUUCAAAAUGUUACAAGACAUUUUGAGGUAAAAUUUUUGAUUAUUAAACCUUUUUAAUAACUUUUUUUUUCAGAUGUGAGCAUCUUCUCAAAAUCAUCGAAGGAUUCAUGUCAAAGAUAAAAGAACACAUUCGCUCUAUUCUGACUCAACGAGUUAUUUGUCCGGACAAGUCUGACCUACAAUUGAAAAAACUUCGACAACUUCUACGAAUGCGUUAUCAUGUUUGGGAUGAAACACAAUCUAGUGAAGGAUUCCAAACCAUGAACAAUCUUUAUCCCAUUCUCUGGCGAGAGUUUGUUGGUGAAAAAACAACGGAGCAAGAAGAUCAAGGUAAUUUAAACGAGUAAAAAAAAAAUAUUUCUAGCUUUUAAAAAAAUACAAUAAUGAGUAUGAAAAAUAUGUAGAAAAUAUGAAAAAAAUUUUCAGAUGGAAAAGUCGUCAAUGAUAUUGGUCUACGUCUCGAAAUUCCCGAAAUUGAACAAGUUGAUGAGGAUCGUUUGCCCGCUGGCGAUGCAAGCCAACAACAAGUUGUACCCGAGGAAAUUGUGGAGCUUCCUGAUGAUUUUGAUGCUGAGAAGUUGGACAUCGAAAAGGAUGAUGUUGAUUUGGUGAGACAGAAAUUAAAAUUAAAUUGAACUUUUUAAAAUUAUUUUUAGCUCCUUGAUGUUGCUGUCGCUGAUUUGAAUCCUGAAGUUGAGCUUAACAUGGAAGCGUUGAGAAUUUUGAGGAGUUUGACCCAUAUCAAGCGAUGCUCGCAAAACUGUGAAGAGCCCUCCAAAAAGUUAGUUUUUCUUUUCUCCUAUCAACAGUCGUUUUUCUUAUUUUAAGAAAAAUUUGAAAAAUUUCAUCAGUAUCAUUUCGUAUUUCAUUCUAAUUGAUUUUUCACUGUUGAUUAUUUUGAAUGAUUAAUCUGAAAUGUUUCAGACAUGCCGCCCUUGUUUACGACCGGCUUAUGAUGUUCGCAAAAUCCUCUGAUUGCGAUGAAGAAAAAUAUUGGACGUUUGCUGGAUGA